AUGCUGGAGUCAGUAACUCAGAGCACGUUUCUGUCAAACACAAUGGUUUGUGAUCCCCUGAUGUCUUGGACAGAGUUAUCUGGUACAACCAAAGAUGACUAUGCCACCUGUGAUCAUCAGAAAGGAUGUGAUUCUUAUACUUUCUGGACAUCCAUCCACCCGGAAUACUGGAGUAAGCACAAUGUCUGUGAAUGGUUGCAGUUUUGCUGUGACCAGUACAAGCUAGAUGCCAACUGCAUUUCCUUUUCCCACUUUAAUAUCAACGGCUUACAGUUGUGCAACAUGACCCAGGAAGAGUUCCUAGAGGCUGCAGGCAUUUAUGGAGAAUACUUGUAUUUCAUCUUACAGAAUAUCAGGAUGCACGGCAUUUCCUUUUUUACUGAUGCAGAAGAAACAAAGCUAUCCAACAAAGACUCCUGUGAUAAGGCAUGCGUGAGGGCAGGUAGCAUCAAUGGCCAAGAAUGUCACAGUCAUGGUAGAACAAACCUGCAGAAUUCUCAUUUGUGGGAAUUUGUAAGAGAUCUGCUCCUUUCUCCUGAAAAAAAUGGUGGCAUCCUGGAAUGGGAAGACAGGGGAGAAGGCAUUUUUCGGGUUGUUAAAUCAGAAGCUCUGGCAAAGAUGUGGGGACAAAAGAAGAAAAAUGACAGAAUGACAUAUGAAAAACUGAGCAGAGCUCUCCGUUACUAUUAUAAAACUGGCAUUUUGGAACGAGUGGACAGAAGGCUGGUGUACAAGUUUGGAAAGAAUGCCCAUGGAUGGCAGGAGAACAAGAUAUGA